CGUUCACAGCAGAACAGAACAAAACAGGAUGAGAAGAAAACAAUCUAGGAGAAAAUUCCGUUUUUUUUAUAUAGUGCCAAAUCACAACAGCAGUCCCCUCAAUGCACUUUAAACUGGAAAUAAAUAAUAACUAAUGAUUAGAUGUUGAGUGGUGUAGAAACACUCAGUGCAUCAUGGGACACCCCCAGCAGCCUAGGCCUAUUGUAGCAUAACUAAGAGUGGAUUCAGGAUCGCCUGAUCCAGCCCUAAAUAUAUGCUUUGUCAAAAAGGAAUGUUUUAAGCCUAAUCUUGGGUGACUGUCUCCCAAAUUCAAACUGGGAGCUGGUUCCAUAGAAGAGGGACCUGAAAGCUGAAGACUGCCUCUCAGUUUUAAAUAUUCUAGGAACCACAAGUAACAAAAUAACCAGAGAGAGACAAAAAGAAGGAGCAAGACAGGAAAGAGGAAUGAAUAUACUUAGUGCCUGUAAGUGGUGUGACUGAUUGAUUUACCCUUAUAGACAGUAAAGAUUAAGAGGAUGACAAAUCAGCAUUUGCUUACACAGCGCCUGGUGCUAAUCUCCUUGUCUUCCUCCAGACGACUCAAGCUCUCACACUCAUUCUGGAGAGAGAGAAAGAAAGAAGACGACGAGUUGUAUCUCCCUUGACCCCACCUUCAUCAGAUUUAAGCAGUACAAGAACAUCAGCACUGUAUCCAGAUCACUCAACCAGGCUUAUUCUUUAAGGAUCUUCCCAGAAGCUUUCUGUGAGUAGGGAUGGAGGAGCAGAUUUCAAAGAUGAACAUGUUUUCAUCGGACACCUUAAAGGACUUCACACAACAGAGCACAGACGGAGCUCAAGCAGAAAAAGGUCUGCGUAAAUCGUUUGGCCAAGGCCUGCUUUGUAAAGUUUGCUCUGACUCAAGCAGUGGCAAACACUAUGGGAUCUUUACCUGUAAUGGCUGCAGCGGCUUCUUCAAGCGCAGCGUGAGGAGAAGACUCGUCUAUAGGUGUCAGGCCGGAAAUGGCAGGUGCCCUGUUGACAAAGCGCAUCGAAACCAGUGCCAAGCUUGUCGAUUAAAGAAGUGCCUCCAGGCUGGCAUGAACAAAGAUGCUGUGCAGAAUGAGCGACAGCCUCGAAGCACAGCUCACGUCAGUCCGGACUCUAUAAAUGUCGACACAAAAAAGGAGCACCUGGUCACCACGCAAGCGCUCAGCCCCUCUGACACCUACUCAGCAGUCAUCUCCAGACCUCUGGUCACGUCGUCAGCUCCAACUUCUGCCACAGUAAAACCUUGCAGCAACAUAAGUAACAACCACCGCUUUAUGGUCAGCCUGUUGACUGCAGAAACCUGUGCAAAACUGGAGCCAGAGGACGUGGAGGAAAAUAUUGACGUGACAACAAAUUCAGAGAGGGACCUCACUCCCUUCGACAGCCGUUUGUCCCCGUAUACCUCCAGCUGUCCAGAGAAUGUGUAUGAGACAUCGGCACGACUCCUCUUCAUGUCAGUCAAGUGGGCAAAAAAUUUGCCUGUGUUUGCACGCUUGCCAUUUCGUGACCAGGUGAUUCUUCUUGAAGAAGCUUGGAGUGAGAUGUUCCUCCUGUGUGCCAUCCAGUGGUCUCUGCCCAUGGACAGCUGUCCUCUUUUGUCUCUGCCAGACCUUUCUACCCCACAGCAAGCCAAUAUCAGCCUUCUUACUGCUGACCUGCAGAUCUUAGAAGAAGUCUUUAGUCGCUUUAAAGCCCUGACUGUUGACCCGACAGAAUUUGCCUGUCUGAAGGCCAUUGUGCUGUUUAAGCCAGAGGUACGCAACCUUAAAGAUCCAGAACAGGUGGAGAAUCUGCAGGACCAGUCACAGGUGCUGCUGGGUCAACACAUCCAUUCAGUGUACCCCAACCAGGGUGCCAGGUUUGGGAGAUUAAUUCUUCUGCUGCCUUCCCUCCGCUUUGUGAAUUCAGAGAAGAUCGCUAAGCUGUUCUUUCAGAGGACUAUUGGCAGCACACCCAUGGAGAAGCUGCUGUGUGACAUGUUCAAAAACUAACACACGGAGGAAAACUUCCUGCAAGCAACAAGCUGUGUGACUGUGUAAUUCAUGCAUUCUGCUGAUGAUUUCUUUCAUGUUUAAUGCAAAAAAGCCUUUAUGACAAAAGAUAUUUUGACAUGUUACUGUUUGAAAAACACAGUCAUGAGUGGAUCAGAGACAUUUAUGUGAAACUGCGCUUUUUUCCCUCGAGACAAAGGCUUACUUCUGGUUAUGGCAUUCUAUUAAAGAACAUUUUUCUGUUCAGUUAUAACCACGAAGCCGUCUUGUGAAGCUUACAGCUGGACUUAAUCAUUCAGUGUACCUAGUAACAAGCGAAGUAACAGUACAUGCCAGCAAACAUGUUUUUAAAUGUUUUAAAUGUCUAUAAAUAUGAAGUUGUAUUGUCAAGUAUAAUGAUUUCUGGGAUU